UCUCAAUUUGUGGCCGUCGUAGAUAUUAUGCAGUAAACCCUCUCUGUUCAAAAAAAAAAGUUAACGGCCACUGGUUUACAAGAGUUAAAACCCUUUCAACCCGGCCUAUAAAUAGGCUUCCGAAGACACCAUUUCAUUACAGGAACUGGCUAGAGCAGUAAGAUGGAGAAAAUGGAGGAGAAUAAUCAUGAAGAAAACAAUGUUAAAAGGCCGAAAGGAGGAAUGAUAACCAUGCCCUUCAUCUUUUCAAAUGAGGUCUGUGAGAAGUUGGCCGUGGUAGGAUUUAACGCUAAUAUGAUCAGCUACUUAACAACACAGCUUCAUAUGCCAUUAACCAAAGCAGCCAACACUCUCACAAACUUCGGUGGAACUGCAAGCUUGACACCACUGCUUGGGGCCUUUAUAGCUGAUGCAUACGCCGGUCGUUUUUGGACUCUAACAGUCGCUUCCAUCAUAUACCAAAUAGGGAUGACAUCUUUAACACUAUCAGCAAUACUUCCACAAUUUAGGCCACCACCAUGUAAAGGUGAGCAAGUGUGCCAACAAGCUACUUCAGGACAAUUGGCAAUCCUAUACGGAUCUCUCUUGCUCGGAGCCUUGGGGUCGGGUGGGAUCCGACCUUGUGUGGUUGCAUUUGGGGCAGACCAGUUCGAUGAAACUGAUCCAAAGCAAUCAACCAAGACAUGGAAAUACUUCAAUUGGUACUAUUUUGUGAUGGGGGUAUCUAUCCUAGUGGCUGUGACAGUGCUUGUUUACAUUCAAGAUAACAUUGGAUGGGGAUUGGGCCUUGGCAUCCCCACCGUCGCCAUGUUUCUCUCGAUCAUUGCUUUCGUCAUCGGAUACCCACUUUACCGACACAUGGAUCCGGCAGGGAGUCCAUUUACCCGGUUGUUACAGGUCUCUGUGGCAGCUUUCAAGAAGAGGAAAUUGGCUAUGGUUUCUGAUCCGAAGUUGCUGUACCGAAAUGAAGAGCUUGACACCUCAAUUUCUCUAGGCGGGAGGCUUGUUCACACUAAACAAAUGACAUUUCUUGACAAGGCAGCCAUUGUGACUGAAGAAGAUUUCGUAAAAUCCUCUCAGGCUCCCAACCUAUGGAGACUGAACACUGUUCAUCGAGUCGAGGAACUGAAAUCUGUGAUCCGAAUGGGACCAAUAUGGGCAGCAGGGAUCCUCCUCAUUACAGCCUAUGCUCAGCAAAGCACAUUCUCCCUCCAACAAGCCAAAACCAUGGACAGGCACCUCACAAAGUCCUUUGAAAUCCCUGCUGGUUCCAUGUCUGUCUUCACCAUGGUCUCCAUGCUCUCCACCAUAGCCUUGUACGACCGCUUUUUAGUCCGCAUUGCACGAAGAUUCACAGGGCUUGACCGCGGUAUCACCUUCUUGCACAGGAUGGGAAUCGGAUUUAUGAUAUCAAUAUUAGCCACUCUUGUAGCAGGCUUCGUUGAAGUGAAGCGUAAACAAGCAGCUUUGGCACAUGGACUUCAAGACAAGGCUAAGUCAACCAUCCCCAUUUCAGUUUUCUGGCUUGUGCCGCAAUACAGUCUUCAUGGAAUAGCUGAAGCUUUCAUGGCGAUUGGACACUUGGAAUUCUUUUAUGAUCAGUCUCCUGAAAGCAUGAGGAGCACUGCUACUGCACUGUUUUGGACUUCAAUUUCAGUUGGGAAUUAUGUGAGCACGCUGCUGGUUUCUUUAGUCCACAAAUUUAGUGCUGGACCUGAUGAAUCAAAUUGGCUUCCAGAUAACAACUUAAACAAGGGGAAAUUGGAGUAUUUUUACUGGUUACUCACUGGCAUGCAAGUGGUUAAUCUUCUUUACUACAUCUGUUGUGCUAAGCUGUAUACUUAUAAGCCAAUUCAAGUCCAUAGCAAAGAUAAUGAAUCUGAAGAAGAUGGAGUAGAGCUUGCAAAUGCAAGCAAGGUUUAGUUUGCAUUUUCAUGGAGUAGCUAGCCACUUGGUUAAUUAGAUGGUAUGGUUCUUCCCUCUAAACCUGUCUAGUGAUGGAUCUUGUAAAGAAGUCAAGUAGAUUUGUAAUCUGAAUUAUAAGCAUGUAAAGUACUAAAUAAUAGAAAGCAAAAUCCACCAAAAGUGUUACAUUUUGUAAUAUAUGAAAAAUAAAAAUGUAGAAACUAUUCUGUUUGUCUUCUUCUAGUUAUAAAACCAGGAAAUUAAGCAAAACCAAGAGAGAAAAAAAUGUUCCUUAACCGCGCCUACACAAUCAGUGUCCGCUUUCCUUUCUGUUCAUUCUUUUGUAACAAAUAAUUCACUUUUUGGUUGCAUGCUUUACACCGUGUCUUAGAGUACAAUGAAACUGGGUCUGGAAAUUCCAAUUUAGAUUGCAUUAGUUAU